AUGCUGAAAUUGUUAUUUGUUUGUUUAUUUCUCUUCUUCGUCGUUGUCUUCUCUGUUGAUCCAAUAUGCCCUGAUCAUUUCGUCUAUCAAAGUGAUCUCAAUCUUUGCUUGUUUUAUCGAGGGGAAACUGAUUCGUGGAGUCAUGCGAGGGAUGAUUGUUUGAGUGACCAUGGGGAUCUUCUCUCCGUUCACAAUACUUUCCAAAACAAUCUACUGGCUCAAAUUCAAUUCAAUAUGACUGGAGAAAAUCGUUGUUGGUUGGGUGCUCAUCGUGACCAAGGAAAUAUAUGGACGUGGAGUGAUGGAACACCACUUGAUUAUGAUCGCUUCUUUCAGUCAAGCAAAGUUGGUGACUGUGCUUACUUGGAUGGAAGUGAUCGAAUGUGGAAGAUCACUUCCUGCAAUGAGAAACACAAAUGGUUGUGUGCAACGAAUGCGAUCAUUCCAUCAACGACAGCUCCACCGACGACAGCAUCGGAUCUCGGAUGUGCACCUCCCGAACAGCAACCAUUGUACAAAUGCAAAAAAGGAUGGCAAUACAAUCCACAAACAGGAUAUCAAUACAUGGUUGUCAUUGAUCAAAGUUACACAAAUGCUGAAUCAUAUUGUGUGAAUCAAGGCGGUCAUCUUGUUUCGAUUCACAGUGCUGCUGAGAAUGAUUUUGUGAAGAAUCUUUGCUGUACAUCGGCUUGUCAAACGAGUCACAACAAUUUGUAUGCUUUUUAUUUGACUGGUGGGAUAAAGACAAAUGGAACGUUUAUCUGGACCGAUGGGAGUCCAUUCGAUUAUCAGCACAGUAUUUGUGAGACCGAUGGAGAGGACAAUGAUAUUAUUUAUAUGAUGAACUUUCAAGGAUGUAAUCUUUGUGGUCAACCCGGGAUAUGGCAAAUUUUCGAAGCUACCCUAAAGUCGCGAGUA